AUGUACCGGCGCAGCUACGUCUUCCAGACCCGCAAGGAGCAGUACGAGCGCGCCGAUGAGGCGCCGCGUGCCGCCCAGCCCGAGAGCCCGGCCGAGGAGGGCCGGCUGGGGCGCCUGGGCGAGCUGGCCGGCCCCGAGGACGCCCUGGCCCGCCACGUCGAGGGCAACCGCCAGCGCGCCCGGGACCUGGUGGCCGAGCGCACCCGGCUGGAGCGCCAGGGCGCAGAGGCGCAGCGCGCGCUCGACGAGUUCCGGAGCAAGUAUGAAAAUGAGUGUGAAUGUCAGCUGCUGCUAAAAGAAAUGCUUGAGCGGCUUAACAAGGAAGCUGAUGAGGCCUUGCUGCAUAACCUGCGCCUGCAGCUCGAAGCCCAGUUUCUGCAGGACGAUAUCAGUGCGGCAAAGGACAGGUAUAAAAAGAAUCUUCUGGAGAUUCAGACCUACAUCAGCAUCCUGCAGCAGAUCAUCCACACCACUCCUCGAGCAUCCACCGUGACGAGUGGGAUGAGGGAGGAGAAGCUGCUGACAGAACGGGAACUGGGUGCCCUGCGGAGUCAGCUGGAGGAGGGCCGGGAGGUGCUGUCCCACCUGCAGGCACAGAGAGCCGAGCUGCAGGCCCAGACAACAACCCUGGAACAAGCUAUUAAAAAUGCCCAUGAGUGUUACGAUGAUGAGAUUCAGCUUUAUAAUGACCAGAUCGAAACCCUGCGUAAGGAGAUUGAAGAGACUGAGCGGGUUCUGGAGAAGUCUUCCUAUGACUGCCGGCAACUGGCAGUCGCCCAGCAAACCCUGAAGAAUGAGCUGGACCGGUAUCAUCGGAUCAUUGAGAUCGAAGGCAACAGGCUGAGCUCUGCUUUCAUUGAUGCUCCCAUCAUCCCGAGCCAUACCACUUCUCUCAGCCUUGGAUCCAGUGGGAAAGAUCUUGCCAGGGUUGUGCAGGAUAUAACAACAGCAAAACCAAGACAGAAAGCCCUCCCCAAGAAUGUACCAAGGAGAAAAGAGAUUAUAGCUAAGGCAGACGAAACUCAGGAAGAUGCACCAUUAAGAGGUCUGGAAGAUACAAAGCCGGUGCAGGUGAUCCUUAAAGAGGAAGUUGAAUGUAAGCUUCAAUCAGGGGCUGAAGGAGCAAGUCCCCCAACACAAGAUGGGGCUCCGGAGGAUGUGCCAGAUGGAGGGCAGAUCAGCAAAGCCUUUGGGAAACUACGCAAGAUGAUUAAGGAGAAGGCAAGAAGCCCCAAAGAGCCCGAACCCAAGCCUGAGCCCAAGCCUGAGCCCGAGCCCGAGCCCCAGCCUGAGCCCAAGCCCGAGCCGGAGCCCGAGCCCCCCACUGACCUCUACACCAAAGGGCGGCAUGUGCUGGUCACAGGGGAUGCCAGUUAUGUGGACCCUGAGUUCUGUUCCUCCUCCCUCCCGGCCAAGGGUGGGGUGGCUGUUUCCACUGAGGAAGACACCAUGCGUCCUGAUGGCCAUGUGGAGCCCUCUCCUGAGCAGCCCAAGCCUCCUUUGGAGAAUGGACAGGGGGAAUCUCAGGGGGGAGAAGAUGGACACCCGAGCAACCAGCAGUCUACAGACGUAGAGAGUGAGAUAAGUGACAAAGAACUGAAAGGCCCCAGGGAGAAACAUGAUGGCCAGAAGGAGGAGGCGGGGUCCAGGAAACCCUGUCCUGGGGUCACACCUGCUCCAGAGGGACCAUCUACACAGCAGUCUCAAAGGCCUGGGGCCUCUCAGAAUGGAUCAGAGAAUCACGGGAGCAGGAGCAGCAGCCUGCCAGAAAAAAGCCCUCCCAGGGCUUUGGCAUAUAAGAAGGUAGAAGUGGUGGAAUCCAUUGAGAAAAUUUCAACGGAGAGCAUUGAGACGUACGAAGAAACCUCUGUCAUCAUGGAGACCACGAUUGGAAAGACAAAGGCAAACAAGAAGAAACUGGGAGAGAAGGGCUCUUAAGAUGUCCAGGAUCAACGGGAGAAAAUGUCUUUGGGCCACUGUAGGGGAAAUGCAUUGAUAUCUUAGAACAAAUGAGAAAAGAGUGAGGGUUCCUUGUUUGGAUUAGACCCUAGUUGACCCGUCUGGCAUUGCCAGUGAAGCCUUCAUUAAAAAGUUUUC